AUGGUGCAAUUCGCCCACCGAAUCAAAUCCCCCGCCAUGAGAAAGAAACCUUGUUUAGUCCCAAGGAACAGAGGACCGGUUCGCCAGUUUGUGAAUGGUGAUGCGAGGAGGCCAAUAAGUAGCUACUAUACCCCUCCCACCUUACCCGAUGGCACCAAACUAGUUGUUAGAUGUAGAGACCCUGGAAUGUAUAGAUUGAUUGGUGAUCAAAGACGAAUUUGCCAAGGGGGACAGUGGACCGGGGACGAACCAGAAUGCCAACCCGUUGAAACACAAGUCUUGUUCUACGGCGCACCGCAUGAGGUUGCUAGUAAUGGGACAGUCGUGGUUUACGUGCAUCGUGGAAAUCCUAAUUAUCUUGAUGUAGUCUGCUUUAUCACAAGUCUGUGGUUAGGACCUCCUCGACUGACAACUCCUCUUGUGAAUGACGGAGACCUAUGGGAUUGGCCCAGGUUGUAUACUGAUACAAAACGGUUGAAUCCUAUCUCUACUGAUUUCUCUGGCAUGUAUACAUGCAAUGGGUCGUCAUCAUUUCACAGCGUACAUGUGCUGUUUAAAGCUGCUGAAUGCGACGUCCCUGCGGCUCCAGAGCACGGGAGGUUACUAGAUGGUUCCAGACAGCAGGCUCGAGAUAUCUUUCCAGCUGGUGCAACGGUUUCAUUCGAAUGUGAAGAUGACUACAGCUUGGUGGGAUCUAGGCAAAUCACAUGUGAGAAGGGUCAAUGGUUGGAUGAUCCUCCCGUAUGUACAGUCCUCCCUUCUUCCGGUGCUGUCAUUCGAGGUAUCGUCGAGACAACCGAGAACUACACCGCAGCAUUAGAGGAUACCACAUCUUUGGCCUACAAGAAAUUUGAAAAAAAAUUCAUUGAUGCGAUUAUGCGUUUCUAUGCGCAGAACCACCCAGAAUACAUAGCAUACCAUGAAGACACGAAAGUGACUGAUUUUGAAAAAUCCGGGAGAAAAGCUAUCGUUCACUUUGAAGUCCACUUCUCCCAAUUGGAUAACGAUAGCAUAUUGCCAGAUGCACACACGGUACUACUGGAUCAAGUGAAUACUGGCCAGUUGGGCCCAUUUUCUAUUACCAUGGGCACUGUUACAAAAACAGAAACCUAAGUUGGCUCUGCAAGCCACUUGUGCCAACAGUUUUCAUGUUUAGCAGCUUACGACUUCAACUAGUAAAGCCGCCGAUCAAGGAUAACAGAUGAGGUGUCGAGGCUCUCACUUGUUCAAGAUUUGACAAGCUACAUAAAAAAUAUGUCAAGUAACAAGUCCCAAACUGAAGUACCGAUGGGAAGUGAUUUAAAGCAUUCUAAUCAAGAUGUAAUGGCGAUAUCCCCUGGCUAUUCUGUGAUUCCAUACAAGAUACUAUAAACUGUAUUAGGGGAGCAA